ACGAAAUCAACUUCCCGCGAACGCCGACAAUGGAGGCGCUGUAUCUCUCCACUUCAGCACCAACCGUUCUUCCAUUUCGGAAAACCGUUGGCUCUCGCACCAUUUCAAAAUCCUCGAUUCUCUUCCCUUCUUCAUCAAAGUCUCGAUUCGCAACGAUUUGCAGGCAAAGAAUUGAUGGAGAAGAUACGCCUCUCUCCAAUGCUAUGGAUGCUUACAGAUUGUUCGGCGUCGACCCGACCUGCUCCGAAUCCGAGCUCAAAGCCGCUUUUCGAGCUAAAGUGAAGCAAUUCCAUCCAGACGUGAAUAGAGAUGGAAAUUAUUCCGAUUCUAUGAUUCGUCGUGUAAUUCAGGCGUACGAGGUAGCUAUUCAUCUAUAGUAUCAAGAAGAAAAUUGCGUGGUGCUUUUAUCUCAUUGGUAAAUGGUGUUUCUUUGAUAGGAUGAACAUUAUGGCAAUCAUCAUUCAUG